UCUAGAUUGAAUGACUCUGUUCUCGAUAAUUGGAAGAAAGAGAAGAGUAAAACUACUGUAAAAGAAUCAACUUUGGACCCUGAAUUUAAUCUCUGUAGAGAAAAAGGUAGCUUGAAAAACACCAAACGUGAAAUUGGAACUAAGAAGCGUGUGGAUGACAGGGUAAAUUACCAAUGUUGUGUGUUUUCGCCCGAUGGAACAGUAGAAAUUGGGUAUAAUGGGUCAAAGCGAUUAGAUAGUAGGAAGUAUUCUACUUCCUGCAGUACAGUAACAUCAUUACACGAAUGAUUGGGAGAUGCCAACACGCUUGAUGGGGAGUUUGAUGAAGCUAUAGAUUUAAGCGGAACUGAUGCAAUGGUGAAGCGGGAGGGAGGGAGGAGAGCUUAUAGGUUUGGUCAUGAAGGUUUUAAUUCAGGUGACAUAGUUUGGGGACAUUGUCCUGCUUGGCCGGCAAUUGUACUUGAUUCAGAAACACAAGAUCCUCAAUUAUCGCGUGCUGGAACAGUAUGUGUCAUGUUCUUUGGCUACUCUGGAAAUGGCACGCAAAGGGAUUAUGCAUGGAUUAGACGCGGGAUGCUAUUUCCAUUUAUGGAACAUGUAGACAGGUUGCAGGGGCAGACUGACUUGAACGACAGCACACCUGCUGAUCUUCGCUCUGCCAUAGAAGAGGCGUUUCUUGCUGAAAAUGGUGUUGUUGAGAUGUUGAUGGUUGAAAUAAAUGCAGCAGCUGUUAAUCUAGAUCAUCUCCGGUCUCUUCCCCGAGGAGUAUUCGAGGCCUGUGAUUCAAAUCAGGACCAAAGAGUGUAACUCUCCAAGCCAGGCACGUUUCUGUUGAGUAAAUAAUUGGUGUUGUAGUGUCUAGUUAAUUUCCUUGUUCAGCUGCAUUAAUUUGUUCCCCAUGAAUGCUCCUGUAUUUCCAGUUGUUGCAAGUCUUUGUACUAUUGUAGAGAAAUUGUUUUUACUCAUGGACUCUUGGUUUACUCAUUGUUUCUUGUCUUGUCUCUCUGACUGGCUUUGACAGUGCUCCAAUUCUACUGCUCAAACUUCUUUGCA